GCGGGCUGCCAGCCCCUCCCGGCCGAGGGAGCCGACACCAAGACCUACUUGUGGGCCAGGUACCACGAGAUGAAAAAGCUGGUCUACGAUCUCCUUCCACCAGGAGUCUGCAAUCUUCUCAACCCGGCCGCUAUCUACGCUAACAACGAGAUCAGCCUGGGAGAUGUUGAGAUAUAUGGCUUUGACUACGAUUACACAUUAGCACAGUAUUCUAAUUUACUACACUCUAUGAUUUUCAACACUGCAAGAGACAUCCUAAUAGAACAAUUCAAGUAUCCAGAAGGGCUUGGGAAGUAUGACUACAUUCCAGGGUUUGCCAUACGUGGACUUCACUAUGAUGUACAAAAGAGUCUUCUCAUGAAGAUCGAUGCUUUCCAUUAUGUCCAGCUGGGGACGGCAUAUAGAGGGCUCAAACCAGUGCCUGAUGAAGAGGUAAUCGAACUCUAUGGUGGUACGCAGCACAUCCCCCUGUACCAGAUGAGUGACUUCUAUGGCAAGGGUCCAUCACUUAAGCAGUUUAUGGACAUUUUUUCUCUUCCUGAAAUGACGCUGCUCUCUUCAGUCAUUGAUUACUUCAUAACUCACAACAUUGAGUUUGACCAGGUGCAUCUUUACAAGGAUAUAUCUGAUGCUAUUAGAGAUGUACAUGUGAAAGGAGUGAUGUACAAAUGGAUUGAAAAAGAUAUGGAACAGUAUAUUCUGCAUGGGGAUGAAAUCUAUGCUGUGCUAAACCGACUGGUGAACCACAAGAAGAAACUCUUCCUCAUUACAAACAGUCCCUUUAGCUUUGUGGACAAAGGAAUGAAACACAUGGUUGGCAAGAAUUGGCGAGACUUAUUCGACAUGGUCAUUGUGCAAGCUGACAAGCCCAACUUCUUCACUGAUCGGCGGAAACCUUUUAGAAAACUUGAUGAUAAAGGCUCACUGCAGUGGGACAAAAUAAACCAGCUGGAGAAAGGAAAGAUCUACAAAGAGGGAAACCUCUUUGAUUUUUUGAGGCUGACAGGCUGGCGUGGGUCCAAGGUGCUCUACUUCGGUGAUCAUCUGUACAGCGACCUUGCAGACCUCAUGCUGCGUCAUGGCUGGAGGACUGGAGCCAUCGUUCCUGAACUGGAGACGGAGAUUCGUAUCAUAAACACAGAGCAGUACAUGCACUCCCUGACCUGGCAGCAGGCUCUGACAGGGCUGCUAGAGAGAAUGCAGAUGUAUCAGGAUGCGGAGUCGAAGCAAGUAUUGCUGGAGUGGAUGAAGGAACGUCAGGAGAUCAGGUCGCUGACAAAGAACCUGUUCAACCCCCAGUUUGGGAGCAUCUUUCGCACCUUCCACAACCCCACGUACUUCUCUCGACGGCUGGUGCGUUUCUCUGAUAUCUACAUGGCUUCCAUCAGCUGCCUACUGAACUAUGACGUGAAUUUCACCUUCUACCCCCGGCGCACCCCGCUGCAGCACGAGGCUCCGCUCUGGAUGGAUCAGCUCUGCACAGGCUGCAUGAAAACCCCCUUCCUGGAGGAGAUGGUGCAUAUCCGGUGAGGGCAACAGCACCGUGCAAGUCUGUACGUGGGGCCGGGCUGCUCGGCCAGCAGCACCUCUGUCUACCACUAAAGGGCGUUUGACACUUAAGUAUGUGUGUAGAAGGUGUGUUUAUUUUUUUCCCUUCACUGGCUCCGUCCCUUUCCCUGAGGUGCUUUGCAGGCAGAACAGAGGAUGAGUCCUUGUUCUGGGCCAUAAGGGAGCUGCCAGGAGGCUGCUGGAGGAGUACAGAGGCUGGAGAGCAAGUGCUGGGGGUGGGAACCCACUGCUCCCUGCUCUGUGCCCAGAGAAAGGGCUCAAAAAUGGAGUUCUGAGUCUCCAGUGCUUGGUGAGGUCAGUGUGGACCACCCCCCUCAUGAGGUGUGACAAGGUAUGUCAGGGCUGUAGCUGCCCCGAGAGCCCUGGGAACUACAGCAGGUGUGAUUCUGCAGGGGGACAGUGAGGGAACAGUGUUACUGGCUGGGCAACCAGUGAAGCACAUCAGUCAGUGCAUCACAGAUGACAUCAGCAAGCGUUACCUACCCAGAACUGGUACCAGCAGCCCUCUGGUAGGUAACUGGUUAGUUAGAUGUGCAGGAUGUGCAAGUUCUGUGUGAGAGCAGGUCAGAAGGUCUAAAAAUAAAUGUUUUGAUGACAUGCCUGUUUUCUGAGUGAGCUUAGUGCAAUGUGACAUCAAUAUUUUGGUAACUGAUGUGGUAUGGUCAGUUUGACUCAUAGAGGGAUGGGGUCAGCCUUUAGGAAAGGUGGAGGGUUGGCAGCAGAGGUGGUGGCUGUUCACCUGUGUGUGCUGGGCUGGGGCCUGAGGGGUCUGGAGGGGCUGCUGAGGAGGGUCGGGGGGGUUGUGAGCAUGAAACACUUCUGGGGGUGGUGGGUGAGAAAGGGGAGUGUGGCCGUGCAGAGCAUUGUAGUGCCUCAGGUGGAAGAAGAAGAGGAGGUGAGAAUAGCGAUGUCAGAGGACAGGAGUGACAGUGGGGAGGCCCAGGCAGGUCAGAGAUACUUUAGGAUGUGGUGGGCAGGAAGUAAGGUUCUUCACCUGGCUUGGGGCUGGGCAGGUUUGGGACAGGCAGUGUGCUGGGGAGGGAUGAGGGGGCAGUUAGCUGGGGACAGGGUGUUAAGAGUUUGUGGCACCCUUGUGCUGGCCGGCCCUAGGAAACAGGAGAACACCAUGCCCUGAGAAAGCAGAGUGUCAGCUGUGGGAUGAAGGAGGGUUGAGAGUGUCCCUGGGGUGGGGCAGGUGGUGGUCUGAGGCCCCAGAGCAGGUGGGAGACGCGUAAUGCGGCUGCUCUCACUAUCAGUAGAGGUGCAGGGGCAGGUGGGGGCUGUUUGAGGGCAGAGCGCUUGGUGCAGGCUCUGGAGAGGGUGGUUGCCUCUGUCCACCACCGCCUCCCCUCCUUACUGCACCAUGUGCAGAUGGCAACAAGGGUGACUGCCAGCAGUGCUGAGGUGACACAGAGAAGGAACAGUGAUGGGGCACAGGGCUGUGGGCAGGCAGGGAAAGGGGUGAGUGACCGCAGAGUGUGUGUGACGGGUCGUGGGGCUGCAGAGGGGAAGGGCUGUCGGUUUUGCAGGGCUGGGGAUGAGCAUGGGGGCAGGCAGGGGUUGCUCGUCAGCACAGGGCUGGGGCAAGUGCUGCUGGGGCUGAGUCUCAUCAGCGUGGGGGGCAGGUAAGGGAGAGGAACCCUCUGCCAGGAAACUCCUCAGAGAAAGAUCCUGAAGUACAACGUGUGUCAGCAACCCUCAGUGAUACACAAACACACUUGUCUCUCCUGCACGUUCCUCCCUGGCAGGGUGCCAGUCUGUCACUUGUGUUACUGCCUUGUCUUUGUGCUACGUGCCAGCCUGUCACUAACUUUUAAAACGCCUUGCUCUCGACUCCGUGGCCUACACAAGUGCUGUUUAACAUAGCUGCUCUAAUCAAAUGGUUGUAGGAUGUGCAUGUGGCAUUUGAUAUCUUUGUGCAAUAAAAGUCUGUGGC